AUGGAAGAGGACCAGGCCAACUGGGUGAGGACGCAGCUGGCCCGUCGGCUGGCAUCGGAGGAUAGUUCAGAGAGAGGGGAGGCGGCAGCCCAGGAGAACCGGGAGAACCAGGAGGCCGGGGCGAGGGCCAACCCGGUGGGAUGGGACCAGCAAGGCCUGUUGAGAAGGGAGCUGCCCGGGCGAGGGGCCCGGGAGACAGCGGGCCCCAAAGCGGGACAGGAGGCGGCGGAGCCGGGGCCGAGUGAGUCAGAGGGCGGGAGCGAAGAGGGGCGGGGUGGCGUCGAGUCCGGCGGACCGGGGGGCGGGGAGAUGGAGGCCCCCGUGGAGGACUUGGGGAGGAGUAGAGAGAGGCGGGGAGAGAGCGCCCAGGCGGACUCAAAAGAAGCGCCGCCAGAGAGCCAGAGGAGACAGGGCUCGUGGAAGCUGGGAGACCAGCAGGCCGGCACGUUCCGGGAAACGUACUGGGAGAGGUCCCAGGAGCGCUACAGGGAGAGGGCGGUGAAGCCGAGGGUCGAGGGCCAGGUCGAGUGGAAGUACCCGCUGGAGAAGAAGCCCAGCUGGCUGAAGCCCCCGACGCUGGUGGAACCCGAGGAGAAUGAGGUUUAUAAAGAGGAUCUCUUGAUCCCGGCGCAAGUGCGGCGGCCCACGAUCAGAUUCAGUCUCCAGGCCAGAUCUCGCCUCCAGUCGCAGGGGUCGGCAGUCUGCUGCCCCUCCAGCAGUGUCAUCAACGAGCUGGCGAAGAUGGGCGACCCGGAUGUCCUGGAAAUGGUGCAGGAGGAAGAGAGAAGAGCUGGUAGUGAAGAACGUUUUUUUGAAGUAAGUGAGCAGGACCUGAGCAGCAGAGAGUCCAGUUUUCUCAUCAGUGAAGAACCAAGGUUUAAAAAAGAUGAACAAAGCAAAGAUUCUAUCUUCUUCCGAGAUGGGAUUAGGCAAAUUGAUUUUGUGCUUUCCUAUGUUGAUGACAUAAAGAAAGAAGCUGAACUGAAGGCAGAAAGAAGAAAAGAGUUUGAACAAAAUCUCAGAAAAACAGGUCUUGAGUUGGAAAUUGAAGAUAAAAUGAACUCCGAAGAUGGGAAAACUUAUUUUGUCAAGAUCCAUGCCCCUUGGGAGGUAUUAGUUACUUAUGCUGAAGUGUUGGGAAUCAAAAUGCCUAUUAAGGAGAGUGAUAUUCCUCGAGCUGACAAAAUCCCUUUUAGCUGUAUGCUUGGGCCUCUGAAGCUCCCAAGGAAUGUGAAGCAUCCUCAUGCUGAAUAUUUCACUGCCCAAUUCACCAGACAUCGGCAGGAGCUCUUCCUCAUUGAAGAUGAGUCAAGCUUCUUUCCAUCCUCAUCAAGAAACAGAAUUGUUUAUUAUAUUCUCUCACGGUGUCCUUUUGGCAUAGAGGAUGGGAAGAAAAGGUUUGGGAUUGAAAGACUGCUAAAUUCUCACACUUAUUCAUCUGCCUUUCCACUCCAUGAUGGUCAAUACUGGAAGCCAUCAGAACCUCCUAAUCCUGUCAAUGAAAGGUACACACUUUGCCAGAACUGGGCUCGGUUUUCCUAUUUUUACAAGGAGCAGCCUUUUAAUUUGAUUAGGGAUUAUUACGGAGAAAAAAUUGGCAUCUAUUUUGUCUUUCUCGGAUUUUACACAGAAAUGCUGUUUUUUGCAGCUAUAGUUGGCUUAGCUUGUUUUAUUUACGGCUUAUUAUCGAUGCAUGAUAACUCAAGCAGCACUGAGAUCUGUGACCCUGAGAUUGGGGGUCAGAUUAUCAUGUGCCCACUCUGUGAUGUAAUGUGUGACUAUUGGAGACUAAAUUCUACCUGUUUGGCUUCAAAGUUCUCCCAUUUAUUUGACAAUGAGUCAACAGUGUUCUUUGCAAUAUUCAUGGGAAUUUGGGUCACAUUGUUUUUGGAGUUUUGGAAGCAGCGACAAGCCAGACUGGAGUAUGAGUGGGACCUGGUGGACUUUGAGGAGGAACAGCAGCAGCUCCAGCUGAGACCUGAAUUUGAAGCGAUGUGCACACACAGGAAACUUAACGCAGUGACUAAGGAGAUGGAACCUUACUUGCCUCUGUGUAGUCGUAUUCCAUGGUACUUUUUAUCGGGAGCCACGGUGACUUUAUGGAUGUCUCUGGUCAUCGCAUGUAUGGUAGCUGUGAUUGUAUACCGCCUGUCAGUCUUUGCUACAUUUGCUAGCUUCAUGGAAAGUGAAGCAUCCUUAAAGCAUGUCAGAAGUUUCCUCACUCCCCAGAUAACCACAUCUCUCACUGGAUCGUGCUUGAACUUUAUUGUCAUCUUGAUCUUGAAUUUCUUUUAUGAAAGGAUAUCUGCCUGGAUUACAAAAAUGGAAAUUCCUCGGACUCACCAGGAGUAUGAGAGCAGUCUUACCUUGAAAAUGUUCCUGUUUCAGUUUGUAAAUUUUUACUCGUCCUGCUUCUAUGUGGCUUUCUUUAAAGGGAAGUUCGUGGGCUAUCCUGGAAAAUACACAUAUUUGUUUAAUGUGUGGAGAAGUGAAGAGUGUGAUCCUGGAGGCUGUCUAGUAGAAUUGACAACCCAGUUGACCAUCAUAAUGACUGGGAAACAGGUCUUCGGAAACAUUAAAGAAGCCAUUUAUCCCUUGGUUCUGAAUUGGUGGAGACGCCGAAAAGCUCGAACCAACUCUGAAAAGCUAUACAGUCGAUGGGAGCAGGACCAUGACCUUGAAACUUUUGGUUCUCUCGGGCUAUUCUAUGAGUACUUGGAAACAGUUAUCCAGUUUGGAUUUGUUACAUUAUUUGUGGCCUCUUUUCCUUUGGCUCCUCUUCUUGCUCUCUUGAAUAAUAUAAUAGAGAUUCGAGUGGAUGCCUGGAAGCUUACGACUCAGUACAGGAGACCUGUAGCUGCUAAGGCUCAUAGCAUAGGUGUUUGGCAAGACAUUCUUUAUGGAAUGGCUGUCCUUUCUGUUGCAACUAAUGCUUUUAUUGUUGCAUUUACAUCGGACAUGAUUCCCCGUUUAGUUUACUACUAUGCCUACUCAAAAAAUGCCAUUCAGCCUAUGAAAGGGUAUGUCAAUAACAGCCUGUCAAUAUUCCUGAUAGCCGAUUUUCCAAACCACACUGUACCUUCGGAAAAACGAGACUUCACCACUUGCAGGUACAGAGAUUACAGAAAUCCUCCUGAUCACGAGGAGAAAUAUUUUCAUAGUAUGCAGUACUGGCACGUCCUUGCUGCUAAGAUGACCUUCAUCAUAAUUAUGGAGCAUGUUGUGUUUCUAAUGAAAUUUUUGUUGGCGUGGAUGAUCCCUGAUGUUCCAAAAGAUGUCAUGGAAAGAAUCAAGCGAGAAAAGUUAAUGACUGUCAAGAUUCUCCAUGACUUUGAACUUAACAAACUAAAAGAGAACUUGCGAAUGAAUUCUAGUGAUUUUGCCAAGCAUCUCAUUAUUCAGGAAAACGAAGUACAUCUGGCUAAAUCAGCAACCUAAUCAACAUAACAAGUAAGCCGCUGGUUGCCUGUCUGGCUUCACAGUUUUCCCUGGGUUUGGGGCCAGAAGCCAGAAGCUGUGUGUCAAUUUUACCCUUUCUUCUUUUUUUCUUAACUCAAAGUUUUUGUACACUCAUAUAGAGGCCAACUUAGUGGAGGCUGGAA